CAAUUGUGUUUUUCUCUUGCUAAUGAAAGUUGAGCGUGGCUUCUUGUAGAAGAACUAUUUUCCCUUGCGAGAACUGGAAAGAUUUAAGUUAAUUUAACCGUGGAGCUAUUUUUAUUAUUAAGCACUUGCUUUGCGACACAUGAACAGUGUCGAGUAAAAUGCGACCUAUUGUACGAGGAAUAAACUCAGGAGGAGAAUAAACUAUGUAUGUAGUGCGCUGGUGAUUUCAGAGCGCGCGCUCCUCUCGCGCCGCCAGUGGUUGUCGCUCCUGCUCUCACGCUCGCUCGCUGCUCUUCAUCUCUCUAUCAUCGGGGAGAGUGUGGUGUUUCUCUCUCCCUGCCCCAGACCCUCCUCCUCCGGCAGCCCGUCCAUCUCAGCGCAUAGGCGAAGAGUUUAUGGGGAGAGUGGCCGCUCCCUACAGCGGCCCCGGCAGGAUAGUGUCCUUUCUCACAGCAGUUCCUUCUUGCUUAUCCUGCAAACAGCAGCAGCAGCGGCGACAUCAUCAUCACUCUGCGGCAGUGCACCGGGGCAGGAGGAGGAUGAGCGAGCAGGGCAAGAGUGGCUCGUCCACGCCAGCGAGCGGGACACCAGCCCCGGGCUCCGACACGUACAAAGGCUGGCUCUUUAAAUGGACUAACUACAUUAAAGGUUACCAGCGAAGAUGGUUCGUGCUCAGCAAUGGACUGCUGUCCUAUUACAGGACGCAGGCGGAGAUGGCCCACACGUGUCGCGGCACCAUCAACCUGGCCACAGCGCACAUCGACACAGAAGACGCCUGCAACAUUGUUCUGAGCAGCGGGGGGCGCACCUAUCAUCUGAAAGCCAGCACAGAGGUGGAGAGGCAGAGAUGGGUCACAGCACUGGAGCUGGCUAAGGCCAAAGCCAUCCGAAUGAUGAACGAUCAGUCCGAUGACUCGGCAGACGAGGAACCCACGUCUCAGUCAGACCACAGUGAGAUCCAGGGCACUCUCAAGACUCUGGCCAGUAAGUUGGAUGACUUGAGCACAUGCAAUGAUCUGAUAGCCAAACACGGAGCGGCACUGCAGCGUUCUUUGAGUGAACUCGAGACUUUACGUGUGCCUCUGGAGGGAGGAGAGAAAAUCAAGGCUGUCAAUGAGAGAGCCACCCUCUUUCGCAUCACCUCCAAUGCUAUGAUCAAUGCGUGCCGAGAUUUCUUGGACCUGGCUGAGAGCCACAGCCGCAGAUGGCAGCGAGUACUUCAGCAUGAGCGAGAGCAACGCACCCACCUGGAGGAGACCAUCGAGCAGCUAGCCAAGCAGCACAACAGCCUGGAACGAGCCUGGAGAGAAGCCCCCACGCACGCCGUCAACACGCCUGAUACGCCCACCACUGACACGGGAGUGGGUGAAAGGUCCCGGAAAGAGGAAGCGAGUGAUGAAGAUGAGGAUACGGAGUUUUUUGAUGCCAUGGAGGACUCACCUGCCUUUAUAACAGUGACUGCCACGGACCCCUCUCAACAUAGACGUUCUCAGAGUAAUCUCAGUGGUGCUAGCGGAGGACAGCCCAGUGGCUGCAACCAGGAUGACAAUUGUUCUGUGUGCAGUAAUGACUUUUCAGGGAAAGAGUUGCAGCCUCACAGGAAGAGGCGGACCCAGAUCCCAGAGAAGCCCAACUAUUCGCUCAAUCUGUGGAGCAUCAUGAAGAAUUGCAUUGGCAAAGAGCUCUCUAAGAUCCCAAUGCCUGUGAACUUCAACGAGCCCCUGUCGAUGCUGCAGCGCUUGACGGAGGAUUUGGAGUACUACGAGCUGCUGGAUAAAGCGGCGCGCUGUGAAAACUCUCUGGAGCAGAUGUGUCUGGUCGCAGCCUUCUCUGUCUCCUCAUACUCUACCACAGUGCAUCGGACGGCCAAGCCCUUCAACCCUCUUCUAGGAGAGACCUACGAACUGGACCGCCUAGAAGAAUUCGGCUACCGUUCCAUUUGUGAGCAGGUCAGUCAUCAUCCGCCGGCAGCCGCUCAUCAUGUGAUGUCACAGCGAGGCUGGGCCCUGUGGCAGGAAAUCACCAUUGCUAGCAAGUUCCGUGGCAAAUACCUCUCCAUCAUGCCUCUGGGUGCGAUCCACCUGCACUUUCAUGCGAGCGGAAACCACUACGUGUGGCGUAAAGUCACCUCCACCGUCCACAACAUCAUCGUGGGCAAACUGUGGAUUGAUCAGUCAGGAGAUAUUGAUAUAGUCAACCACACGACCAAAGAGACCUGUCAGCUCAAGUUCUCUCCCUACAGUUACUUUUCAAGGGAAGUCCCACGAAAGGUAACAGGGGUGGUGAUGGACUGUGACGGCCAGGCCCACUACAUCCUGUCAGGCACAUGGGACGAUAAGAUGGAGAGCGCCAAGAUCGUGCAGAGCAGCCGAGGAAGCAGCAGCUCUGAGGGCAAACAGAAGACGGUCUAUCAGACUCUUACCCCCAAACUGCUGUGGAAGAAAUACCCUCUGCCAGAGAAUGCUGAGAACAUGUACCAUUUCUCCUCUCUGGCUUUGACCCUGAACGAGGAAGAAGAGGGUGUUUGUUUGACGGACAGCAGGCUGAGGCCAGACCAGCGGCUGAUGGAAGAGGGACGCUGGGAUGAGGCCAACGCAGAGAAACAAAGGCUAGAGGAGAAGCAGAGAGCUACGAGGAGGAGGAGAGACGCUGAGGUGUCCGAUGCCAUAGAUGAAGGACGAGACUUUGAGUGCUACAGGCCGCUGUGGUUCCACCAGAGGACAGAUGAAAUGACAGGAGAGACUAGUUUCGUUUAUAAGGGUGGUUACUGGGAGGCCAAAGAAAGACAGGACUGGAAUAUGUGUCCGGUGAUCUUCUGAACACACGAAACACUUGACGAACUCUACAGAUAAAGACAAAGACAAAGGGGGAAUAAACCCUCUACAUGGACUUUCCUCUUGGGACUGCAGAGGUUGUGGAGACAGGUCGUCAACACUUGCGUGUGUGUUUGAGUGUGUGUGUGUGUGCUAAGUGUGAGUGUGUGUUUGCGGCCCAAAGACAUAUAUCUUUGCUUAACUCUUAAACGGACUCUGAUGUUCAUCUCAAAGAUGAAUGUGUGGGAGAAAUGUGCAGUUGAACUCUUCUAGCCAAGUGCCACCCCAGUUUAUCUUCCAAAGCAAAUCAGGUUCUUUUUAUUCAGAACAACCCUAUCACAAAUGCACUUUCCUCUCUUCCCAACAUCUCUUACAGUGAAGUAUAAGAAUCCAAGUCUUGUUUAGAAUGAGAUCAUAUCAAAGACACUCCUCCCCCUCCUCUGCUGGCCAGGACAAAACAUGAAGAAACUUGCAUAUGGAGGAGAAUCAACACAACACAUCUGCAACAUUUAAGUGAAUUGUCAGAUUGUUCAGCUUGUGUACUACUUAAAAUGUCUUAUCAACUAUACCAUAUUUGAGCUAAGGAAGUUCUUUUAUUCUUUAAUCCCAGGGAAUUACAAGCGCCCGAUGGGGCUCUUUUAUUGGACACACAGCUUAAGACAUUUUCCCGGCUCCACCCACUUUGCAUAGCUAGAGACAGAUGAGAUUCAUGUCACGUCUUCAGCCCAUGAGCCUUCAGACAAGCAUUAAAGGAGCCCUUGAGUCUGUUGUAUUGGGCAGUACAGGUAUUCUGACACAGACAUGUUUUACACUGCAGAAUUGUCAUGCACAUUAAUUAGCUGCUUCCUGCAGUGGAGCCCCCAGUGGACGUUAUCAUGUUACUGUGACAGCCACAGUACAGUGCAUAUUAGCAAUGCUAUUAAAAAUCCUUUUUUUAUACAAUCAGGAUACUUAAAGGAGAACUCCGGCGAACAAUAAACCUUUGGUCUAAUAAAA